GACAAUCAUGGCAGCUUCCAUGGAAAAAGCAUGCAUGUAAUCACCGUGUGCUACCGGCGAAGUAUUUCCUGAUUACUACGACUUCCAAUCUACCGUUUCUAUCGCGGAAAACUUCCCAAGGACACGCUAAGCCUCGUACCGUCGAGCUCAUUCGUUUUCAAUCGCGGACAGUGUCCCUCCGAGGGAAGUUGUGGAAUGGCAUCCUCUUCGUCAGCUGGGGUUCUGCUUGCGGGUCGCCUGGCAGUGGUUACAGGUGGUGGCAGCGGGAUUGGCAGAGCAGUAUGCAAGGCCCUAUCGUUAGAAGGAGCCCGCAUAAUUGCAGCGGACAUCAGCAAAGAAGCUGCUGCUUUUACAGCAAAAUGUUUACCCGGCAGCCACGAGCACCAGGGCAUGCAAGUUGACGUCGGAAGCGCAGAAUCCGUAGCAGCUCUCUUUGAGGCAAUACGAAAGCAAUACACCAUGCCACCGAGCAUCAUUGUGAACAGUGCCGGCAUUAUACGCGAUGCCUUUCUUCUUGACAUGACCGAGGCUAUGUUUGAUGAUGUCAUAAAAAUCAACCUAAAGGGCACAUUCCUCAUCACCCAAGCCGCUGCACGCGAAAUGGUCACGAACAAAGUGGCAGAGGGAUCCAUCGUCAACAUAUCGAGCAUCGUGGGCAAGACUGGGAACAUGGGACAGGGCAACUACGCGGCAUCCAAAGCCGGCGUCGUCGGGUUUACGAAAUCGAUCGCCCGUGAGCUGGCGCGGCACGGCAUUCGUUGCAACGCGGUCAUGCCUGGAUUUAUCGAAACUCCGAUGACGACCGCGGUGCCCGAGAAGGUUCUGUCCAAGAUCCUUCCAAAGAUACCCAUGCACAGAAUGGGGACGCCCGAGGAAGUGGCCGAAGUUGUGAAAUUCUUGUGUCUGCCGAGCAGUUCGUACGUUACUGGGUCCGUUCUAGAAGUGACCGGAGGCCUUGAUAUGUGAGAAGACGUGUUCAUAGUAUAUGUUAUGUAUGCAAUGUCUAUCUGUCAGCCCGAGGCUUUUUUAUGAAAUGCUGUAAUAGCUACUAUGUCCCUCUCAUUUCAUGAAUCAUAUUAUACUUAUAGCACAUGGGAUAGCUAGAACCCCUUUUGAUUUUGGGUCUUCUACAACUUUGAAGUGCUCAGUGUCACAUUGCCUAUAUCAUAUAUAAAAAAAAACAAGUCACAUGGUACAAGAUAUGCUUCACCACUUGUAAGAGGUCCUGAAACCUGAAGAAGCACAGCCUACUGCACGAAAGUCUUGUUUUUAAUGUAUUUAUAGUAAACAGUUGAUGCUCUUUACUGUCUUUAUUAUUUUUGAUUCUGCAUCGCUGGAAACAUCACGUUUUACGAUGUUCAUACAAACACUGAGACAGCUAUGGUGCCUAUUUGGGAGCAAUAACUUGCAAAAGAUGCAAGAAAGCGCAACUGAAAACUGGAUCCGGUAGCAACAAAUUGGCAGUAAUGAAGUCUCCAGUCUGACAGUAGAUACAAUUACCUUCGUGCGAGAGUGUUGAAUCAAAAAUCACUUGUCCUAGACAUAAUGAAACUAUUAUAAGUAUAGGCAACUGUUUUAACCACUAAUGCAUAUCUUAAAAGGACACUUGUUUUCUUUAAAUAAUCAUAAACUGUCAAUAAUCAGGUGGUCAAGGCCAAGUUAAGUCAUGUCAGUUUGAGAGGACGUGGUCGAUCUCCUCUUUAGAAAAGGGCUGGUAUCCAAAAGGAGAUUUUUUGUUGCCGUGUAUCAGCAGUGUUACACAUCUGAAAGCCGUUUACAGUGUCCGUGUGUCAGGGGUAUUACAGAGUGAAUCACUGACGUGGCUGAAGUAUGUGUCAUUCAUGACUAGAGCCUGAAGUUUUCGGGAAAUAUUUUUUUCUAAAUUCGGGGGUAAAAAUCGGGCAAAUAAACAUGUGCUCUAAAUUCAUGUGAAUUAGGGUGGAAAAACGUCCAGUAUGCUAAAUUCGGGGAGAAAUCCGGCUCAGUUACUCAAACUAACUGUACUGGCUUUGUACAAACAGUGAUGUAGCUGCAUUUGCUGCCAAACAAGUAUGUUACUGCAUUCCUACAGACAUCCCAGUGAGGGGAAUUUGCCGGGUAAAAAUCGGGUUUCACCCUAAAGAGUCAACCUUCAAUUCGGGGUGAAAAUUCGGGGAAGAAUCGGGUAAAACCCUAAAACUUCAGGCUCUAUUCAUGACUAAUGUAACAAUGUGAGCAUGGCUAGAGUGGAUUGACGUUCGAGAGCUCUCAUGAUUGUUAGAGUUCACAGCAGGCAGUUUGGCCAACGUAGCCCAAUCAAUGCCCAAUCAACUCUUGUUUUCUGUUGAAUUUUAGUGAAUGUCACAUGCAAUUUGUGCGUUCAAACAUGUUUCACACUUGCGAUAUACGUCAACGCUGUCUUCCAUUACGAAAUGUUUAUUUUUAUGAAAACUGAGUUGUAACUCAUCAUUGACUACUGAAGUAUGUUUUAGUGCUUAGGCCUUGCAAAGUUGCUCCUCCUGCUUGUUAUCUCUCUCUUAACAUAUUGUUUCAUAGCAUGUUCCAGGCAAAGAUUCAGAACUUGCUGGAUUUUGGUCUUUGUUAUACCAUCACCUGCGGGGACCAGGGACUAUGGUGUGAAAAAUGUGAGGUGUGCCUUUUAAUACCAAUAUGCCAGUUGUGGAGCACAGUGUAGUCAGACCCGCAUUUGCCUCAACGAUCCGUAUCGUUCUGAGGAAGCAUGUGAUCUCUCAGAGAGAAAAUCCCCAGAACGAAAACCAGCAGGGCAGUUCCUGCCGUCAGCAGCAUCAGCUUUAGUAUGAGUGGACCAUACCUUCUACGGCAGGCCUGCCGCAGAUGUUAAACUUUGACAAGUCUGCACUGAUGCAAACAGCAACCACAUUCAUCUGCAAAACUCUGUCAGGAGUGCCAUUACUUCCCUUAGGGAGUCCUCCAUAAUGAAAAGACCUUAUGAAAUAAAGAGUAACGUUUAUUUUGCCAUAAAAA